AUGUACAAUAAUAUUAAGCUUAUAAUCACAUAUACACGCCGCCAUCCAAGGAAAUCGAAACCCUCUUCUUUCCGUCUUCUUCCUAAUCGCCUCCACCGUCUCUCCCUGACCUCGGAUGGUACGCCACAGGAUCUUCGAAGGUGCACGAAAGUGAAUGGGAUCUCUUCAGUGCGCACGACGGUGACCUACUGUCCAUUCACCUGCCAAGCUUCCGCCUACGUCGUCGUAGUAGCCGGAUGGGCCACCGGACUGAAACUCGACAGCGACUCUGUUGGAAUGGAAUACAACACUCACCGCAACAUAGGAAUCACACUUUUUGCCCUAGGAACCAUUCAGACAGUCGAAACAAUUAAUGACUUUGAAUUUCGGUCCAAACUAACUUGGGUUUUGGUUAAAACUUUAGCUUUAGUUGAUGUUAAGAUGUGCAAUGCAUUAUCUGCACAAGGUACAAUGCUUUUAUCUGCACAUGGUGAGUCAAAGUUAGGCUAUAAAUACAAACUCAGAGAAGAUGAAUGA